GCGGAUCUGUUACUGCAGUGCGAUUCAGAACUCCGAGGAUUAAAUCACAUUACUGAGAGGUAACAUUUAAAUACAGCCUCCAUGUCCGCCAUCUCCCAGGUCACUCCCAGACUCUACCUCAGCGGCAUAGACGCCUUGAACCCGUCUGCUCUCGCACACAGACGCGUCACCCUAGUGGUGUGCUUAUGUGACCCCCCAUCACGGUCACAACACACAGGCACAGAGUGGGUCUGCGUACCAGUGCGAGACGAGCCCCACGCCCCCUUGCACCGACACUUCGACGCCUUGGCGGAGCUCAUUCACCUGAACCGGAGCGGCAGUUCCCUGGUUUGUUGUGCAGCUGGCAGGAGCAGAUCUCCAUCUCUGGUCAUGGCAUACCUGAUGCGCUUCGAGGGGACUUCUCUGCUCGAGGCGUACCUCCAGGUUCUGGAUGCAAGGCCGUUUAUCCGUCCCAACGCCGGCUUCUGGAGGCAGCUGCUCGAUUAUGAAAGAAGGUUGCACAGUAGUAAUAGUGUCAGGAUGGUUUCAAGCACAAAUGGAGUACUGCCCGAGUCCAUAACACCAACAAAAGACUGUGGAUACUGCUUGAACAUUUAAAGACAUAUGUAUGAAAAUCUACCCUAGUAUUUACGAGUAUUUUGAGACACACUACAUGGUCAAACACAUGUUCACCUAACCAUGAACUUCUUGGACACCCCAUUCCAUAAAUAUAGAUUUGGUU